AUUUCAUCACUCUCUUCUUCAGACCUUUGCUCUUGGCCAUUGGAAAUUGCCUGUAUUUUUUGUUAGCUAGUUUGUUUACUACUGCCUGUUAGUAAUUAUCCCAGUCCUCUUCUGCUCUCUCUGCUUGUCUCAUUGACGCAUUACUAGACGACCCACAGGCGUUGGCAGCAAUGGGGUUGACAAUAACAGCAACGUUCGAGAAGCAGGGCAUAUACUUUGCAGGCGACACGCUCGAGUGCCACGUCCGGUUCGCCAACGAGCGGUCGACGCAGACACUAUCGGCAAUACGAGCAGCAAAUGCUCCCAGCGGCCCAGCGCGGACACAGGUUCUGGCGCCACGACAGCAGGCUGCACUGAGCUUUGCGACCAGCGCCGGGCACACAGAUACUGGCGGGCGCGUGCAGAAUGGCCUGGCAGGGGGAGCGAAUUUAGAUGGCGGGCCAGAGCAUUCGACAAUUCCCGGAAAUAGUAGGGGGCCGCGACGCAGCAGCGCAUGGACUGGCAGGAGGACCACGGCUGGCGCGAAGACUGGCGGGCUGUCGGUGUUUCCGGCGCUGGGUGAGGGGUCGGUGGCGUCGACGGAGCAUUCGCCGCGACUGGGGGCGGUUAGCAGACGCGCCAGCGGACGCAACGGGCUGGGGCUGGGGCUGGACGGGUGGAGCGACAGAAAGCCGAGCACGGUGCGGGACGGGGACCUGCGGCUCGCCAAGUCGCCGAUGCUGGGCGGUGGGCCUCAAAACCGCGCAGCCGAACCCAGCCAGUUCCCGCGGCUCAGCACAUCAUCGGUGCUCAGCAACCCGUCAGGCAGCCUGGCGUCGUGGUUCUCGCUGGGAAACCGUGCAGCAGCGCAAGAAUCGGCGCGCAGGGUGCCCAACGAUGGCACGGCUAGCGAUAGCGGCGGGCUGCUAGGCAGUCUGUGGCGGAACAUCUCGGGGUCAAAUCCGCCGUCGCGUCCAGCCACACGUGCGGGCAGCGUAGCAGCCGACGAGGGCAUGGAGCGGCUGGCGAUUGGGUUUGCUGAGGCCUCGGGCAGCCUGAUGCUGAGCCCGUCGUAUAUCAAGCCCGAGCAGAUGGACCUUCUGCUGCAGAACAGCGGCACGGCUACAGACGCCAACGGGGCAGCCAGCCCGACGCUCAUGGGCGGCGGCAUGGGCAGCAGCACGCCGACGACGCCGUCGGCCGGCAAGGCGAUCCCGCUGCUGAUCUCGUCGCCGACGGUGCUGUUCAGCGAGCUGGCGCUGGGCACGGGCGAGUCGCAGACGUUUUCGCUAAAGAUCCAGCUGCCGACGACGCUGCCGCCGUCGUUCCGCGGGCGGUCAGCGCGGGUCAGCUACGAGCUGGUGGUAGUGGCCAAGCGCAGCAUGCUCGAGUCCAGCGCAUACGUGGUGCGGAUCCCGUUCCGUGUGCAGGCGUUUGUCGAUGCCAAUGGCAAGCUGCGCGAGUAUGGGCUGGCGAGGCCCGUGCGCUUGGCACCGGACCAGUCACGUGUCGCGUUCCAGGAGUCGCAGCCAGGAGCUACGCCACGCAACCACUCGCCGUCGCUGGUCACAGACACGGCGGAGCCCAGCGCAUGCGCGGCCAGCGAGGCUGUGGUGCCGACAAGCGACGCGCUUUCAUCUGACGCCCUGUGUGCGCAGCUAGCGCAGUCGGCGUUCCUAAAGGCAAUGCUGCAGCACGUCGAGCUGGACGCGGCCAGCCGAAGCAGCGACGGAACAGUGCCUGCAAUCGACAUUAGCGGGCCGCCCGCCAGCAGCGACAGCGGGGAGCUCUCCAAGCAGCACAUCCGCGACGAGUGCCGGCGACGGGCGCCGGUGGCCUUCUCGUUAUCGCAGGGCGGGCGCGCGGUGGCCUCCGUGUGGCUGCCCAAGCGCAGCUACCAGCUGGGCGACAUGGUGUCAGGCAGGAUCGAGGUGCAUGUGGCCAACGUACAUGUCUACCAGGUCAGCAUCUGGCUCGAGAGCGUCGAGCACAUUGGCGAGCGGUUUUCCCUGCACUCGGACCAGCGGACCGAGGAGCUGACGCGCCGCGUCCACGGCGAGCACCACGAGUUCUGCCGCAGCACGCAGACCACGGGCUUUGCGCUGACCACACUGCCGGCCGCCCAGGCCAGCUUCCAGUCGGCCAUCGUCUCCAAUGCCUGGCAGUUGCGGAUCGAGCUGAUCAUCGGCAUGCCUGGUGCGUCCAUAUGCGACCUCCGCCUCAGCAACUCGACCGUGUUCCCGCCAGCCAAGCACCUGGGCUCCCGCGCAUCCGCCUCGCGCACACUGCCCAUGUCGCCGGCAUCGCCGCAUCCGCAGACCGUGGGCCGGCCCAAUGGUCUGAAGGCUGAUCGCCGAUACACCGUGUCUAUUUCGCCCAUAGCAUUGGCGACGCCGCUGACCGCACCCGCGAGGCCCAGCGAUACAGCCAGCGAAAGGCCCCCGAGGCCCCCGCACACCGCAGGGGAGGUGGAGACCACCGGCCACCCGAUGGCUCGCACGGGUUCGUCCGGACGCACGCGAUCGUCAACAUUCAGCGACAACACCGCCCAUGCGCUGCCGUCGCCGCUGCUGGUGUCACGCAAUGGCGCGAGCCGCCCGCCGACUUCAAACGGCGUAGUGCCCGGGUCGCCUGCGCUGAGGUCGGCGCCAUUGCCGCUGACCGACCAGGUGCCAAAAACACCAGGCAAAUUGUCGCCGAUCAUCGAGGCCAGCUCGCUGCCGCAGACGGCGCCGCUGCCGACCCACGCGCCGAAGCGGUCGAUGCGGCGCCGCUUCGACAUUGUCCCAGCCGUACACACACAGACGCUGUCAUGCACUGUAGCCGUGCAGAUGCAUCCGGCGCUGGCGCGACCGCCGGGCACCGGCCGCUCGUUCACCAUUGACCUGUCGCAGCGCGGGCUGCAGACCGGCAGAUAGACUUUAUGCUCAAAUUUCUAGACUUUUGCGACUGUGAAUGAAAACAAAAACGUAUAUGAGGCACACACAGCCAAAAAAAACGGCUCUUGCUUUUCGUCUACUCGGCCAGCUCGCCGUCCUCGGACA